AGAGCCUGUGCCUGCGUUUAGCGCCUCGCCGUGUGUAGAGCAAAUUUGCGUUUUGAAAACCGCUAGUACCGACAAUGGUGUGGUUAGUGCGUAGGUCAUUUCUCCUGAAUUAUUUUGGGGUGCUCGACUCCGCGAUUUCUGUCACAGGAGAAGGGGACCCGAAGGGGAUUUUCUUGCCCCGCCAGGUGCAAAAAGGAGCACAAGACAACUCGGCGGCCUUUGGACGAGAGGACGCUUCAUCACGACCAGCUGAAAAAGCUCGAGCAGGAGCGCUUUUGCCCUCCGAGAGCGGUAACCUCCGUUUGCGGCCCCUGACCCCGUGUGGAAGCAUCGUUGCGAUCGAGAGGGCCGAAGAAACUUACAGUGCCACCAAUGUAACAGAUACAACUAGUCGGCUUUACAGUACUACGAAAAGCCUACCUCCUAUUAGCGGCUAUUCAGGCACCGCCAGCGGUGGCAGUCAGACCGACUUGGAGCACCAGCUGGAGCUGCAGCAGCUGCACCGGUCUGCCUUCGGCGUUGCACCGGAGAAAGAAACCGACCGAGCAUUCCUGCUGUACAACGCCACCUGCUCCUUGCGGAGAUGGCAGCACGAGCACUGGCACUACCUGACGGCGAGAGCGCGAACAGGCACAGGUUUUCCGGCCACACCUACAAAAAAUGCUGGCACACGGCAGACAGAACGGGCUGAGCCGGACGAGGACAGUCGCGCUUCGUACGAUCCAGUUUUCACAACCGGACCGAAGCUAGACCACAUCCGCGUGAAAACGUGCUGGAACAGGCGGCGUUUCGGAGCGACCGCAACGACGGAUGGUGUUGAACAGGGUCCGGAAUCUACUUCUCAGCCAGAGUUAGUACCUUCGUACCGCUCAUGCUGCGAGAGCUUCGACGAAGACAUAAACGAUUUUCGACCCCUCCCCAGCGCAAAAGUUUCUCCUCCCGACUGCUGGAACGGGCGGCAAUACACCUUCCGCACGUGCUGUCUGAACGAAACGCUUGCGGUCAUUCCCUUCGGGACCCCGCCGCCGAAUUACAGCAAACAGUGGCGGUUUGUCGUGGAUGAUGAGGAUCUCGGAACCUGGCACGUCCGCGAGGUAGAGUUCUACGUAAAUCCCGAGUGCACUGUGCGGGCCACACGGUCCGUCGCGAUCUCGUCUGGGCAUCAGAAGCUGCACUUUGCCAGCAACGCGUUCGACCCCUUCUCCUUCGGUUUCUGGCUGUCGCAGCGGCAAGAGGAAGUGGUGGAAAAGAUUUCUCCGGCGGCAGGGACGCAAGACAUGUUCGCGCAGGACGACGCAACAGGAACCGUUGUUUCAACUGAUCAAAUCAAUAACGGUGAAGAUGAUGCGUUGGGCUUAGUGUCUGUGUCAACAUCGUCCGCGCUUGGAACUACAUUUGGAACGGCGGCAACUACCUCAAACAUUGACAACACGUCUUCCGGGUUACAUUGGUUGGGUUCGAAGCUGGUGCACAACGAAAAGGUGUACUGUGUGCGGAUGUGGCACGAGAAUCUGCCGGGUGUGGGCCCCGUGGCGGCGCAGCUGCGGGAUCCCGCUACGAAUCAGUGGGUAACCGUGCGGAGAUUUCCGCGCAUGUACGGGGGGAAACCGUUUUUUUACCGGCUUUUCGGCCCGCGGGAGGUUGACGAGGGGGAGGAAGAGGGUCGUGAUAGCGUUUCGAGCGGCGGCGAAGAGAUUCCGAAGUUUUUCGACAAUUUGAACACAGGCUCCAGUCCCUUCGGCUACCGUGAGUUUAUCGAAGAGUCAACAUGA